CAAACUGAGAUCUGCCUGCUCUACAGAUAGCAUAUUCAGCUCUGCAUUUCUAACGAUUUCCAGCUGUUCGUGCAGGAAAAAAAGCAAAGCAGUAGCUCUUCACACCUUGUUCGCUGCUGACUUGUAGAACAUAAUCUGCUGUCCGUUUAGGUGAUGAAGUGGAACUCAGAAAGGAGUAGUUUAACGCGUUGCUGGAGCCUCAGGUCCUGUCGAAGGUACCAUGAACAGUAUAGUAAAUGUGUCCCUAAGGCUUGUUGGCUGAUCCGUUGGCUUGUCGUGCAUCCAGAAAACUCCAUGUUCUCUGGUUAUGCCCCUAGCAACCCACACACGAUCCAAACCCUCAACACUUGGACGGAGACUGCUCUCAUUACUACUAUUUUCCUUUAAGACUGUCAGAGAUGGGCUGUCUGCUUCACUAUUUCAUGCUCUCCUUAUCUGCUUCUCUUUCCACCCAUGGUAAUUGAGGGUGGCUGAAGGCCAGUAAAAGUCCGGAGUGAGGGGGGAGGUGGAGAGGAGGAAGAAGGACAGAAACAGAGGAGACAGAGAGACUUGCUGGAAAGGGCAGGCUUUCAUUCAGCAGAGAAACAUGUGCACUUCUCCUGAAAUUCAGUUUGCGUAAACCCAGGGCUGGGAGCAGUAUUGAUCGCCGGCUCUCGAUGAGAGGAUUAACAGGAAUUCACUCAAGGGAUCAGAUGCUUACUGGUGCACAAUUGGAACUUGGUACUGCUGCAUAAUGGGUUACAAAGCGACAUCCAUGCAUUGUGUCUUAAGAUGCCUGUGCUUCAUGCUUCUCCAUUUGUUUAGUGCCGCUCAAGAUGAAGACAUAAGAAGUUGUAGGACCGCACCAUGCGAUUUGGUCUUUAUUCUAGACGGCUCAUGGAGUGUUGAAGAUGUCAAUUUUGAGAUAGUGAAGCGAUGGCUUGUCAACAUAACAACAAGCUUCAACAUUGGACAGAAGUUUACCCAGGUUGGAGUUGUCCAGUACAGCGAUGACCCCUUUUUAGAGAUACCUCUGGGGAAACACUCCUCCACCAAAGACCUCAUCAAAGCAAUGGAGAACAUUGAGUACAUGGGGGGAAACACGAACACAGGGACAGCCAUUAAGUUUGCUACAGACAAACUGUUUGGCCUUUCUGAGCGUGGCCCCGCAGGCGUCUCCAGAAUUGCUGUUGUCCUCACAGAUGGGAAGUCUCAAGAUGAGGUUUUGAAAGCAGCAGAGGCAGCAAGGAAAAAAGGAGUAAUUCUGUUUGCAAUUGGUGUUGGAUCCGAGACAGAAGAGGCCGAGUUAAAGGACAUUGCAAACAAGCCAUUUUCAACUUAUGUCUUCUCUGUUGAGGACUACAAAGCAAUUUCAAGGAUCAUACAGGUCAUACGACAAAAACUGUGUGAAGAGACCGUUUGUCCGACAAGAAUUCCUAUUAAUUCCCGUGAUGAGAAGGGUUUCGAUAUUUUGAUGCAUCUCAAUUUGGCCAAAAAAGCAAAGAAGACACAAGGCGCAUUUUAUGGCACUAAGGCCUAUGAGGUGACAUCUCGUGUCGACUUGAGUGACGCUACACGGAACCUUUUUCCUGAUGGACUGCCUCCCUCAUAUGUUUUUGUGGCUACACUGAGGUAUAAAGGAUCAGUGGCGAUGGAAGAGUGGGACGUGUGGAGAAUACAGACUCGUGAUGGAAGACCACAGAUGGCGGUGACUCUAAAUGGACAGGACCGCACCGUCAUGUUCACCACAACCAGUAAAGCACCAAGUGGAACUCAAACGGUUACAUUUUCACAGCAGACAGCAAGGCUGUUUGAUGAGAAAUGGCACCAGCUGCGGCUGCUGGUCACUGAAGAGGAUGUGACUCUUUAUGUUGAUGACCUGGUACUGGAAACCCUGUCCCUGGAGCCCCCUGUUGGCAUUUUCAUCAAUGGAAAAACCCAAGUUGGAAAAUAUGUCAGUAAGGAAACAACUGUGCCAUUUGAAAUACAGAAACUUCGCAUUUACUGUGACCCUGAGCAGAACAACCGAGAGACUGCAUGUGAAAUACCUGGAAUCUGUUCAAGCAUUGCUGAUUACAUCGAACCAACUCAAGAACCUUGUGCUUGUCCUCCUGGACCUCCUGGACUUCCAGGAAUAAAGGGGGAACAGGGAAAUGCUGGCAAACCUGGUCAGCCUGGACCUACUGGUGCUGAUGGUAAGCCUGGUAUUCCUGGCAGUAGAGGAAGCCCAGGGCUGCCCGGUCCACCAGGAGUAGAGGGUCCACGUGGGCCAGAUGGGUACAAAGGCGAGCAAGGGAGGCCUGGUGUUUCGGGUGAGAGGGGUAUGCCUGGAUUACAAGGACUGCCUGGAAAACCAGGAGAGAAGGGCUCAACUGGAUCCCAAGGAAUCACAGGGUUACCGGGAAAAGCUGGUCAAGUGGGUGAAAAAGGAAGUGCGGGACCUCCUGGGCCACCUGGUUAUCCAGGCGAAUCUGGCCAACCUGGGAGAGAUGGAAAAGAUGGAUUUCCAGGGAGACCCGGUGAAAAGGGAGAAGCUGGGGCCAGUGGUAUUCCUGGUGUCGAUGGGAGGGAAGGCCAUCCUGGUAUUCCUGGAUUGCCAGGAAGUGCAGGCAUGGAUGGACAAAAGGGGGAUGCUGGUUUGCCUGGACUCAGGGGCGUCAAAGGCUCGACUGGAGCACCUGGUGAGAUGGGUUUACCUGGUGCACCUGGUUUAAAAGGAUCAAUUGGACCCAAGGGUAAUAAAGGCGAAGGUGGAAGUCCAGGUAUACAAGGAAAACCAGGGCCUGCGGGGAUUGCAGGAGAACCAGGAAGUGCAGGUCAGCCGGGGCACCCGGGCAUGCCGGGCCUGAAGGGCAGCAAGGGACAAAGAGGAACAACAGGAGACAAAGGAGAGAUGGGAAUCAAAGGUGAAAAAGGAGAGCAUGGUCGGCCAGGGGAACAUGGCUCCAUUGGUCCAAUGGGACUAAAAGGAGAGAAAGGGUCAACAGGGGACCAGGGACAGAGGGGUCAACAAGGUCAGAUGGGAAUGCCUGGACAGCCGGGUCAGUCAGGCCCACCUGGCCCCCGAGGGCUGACGGGGGACACGGGUUCACCUGGCCCACCUGGACCUGAAGGAAGAUCUGCAGCUAUAAUGUCGGACAAUCACAUUCGGCAAAUCUGCAGAGAGGUUCUACAGUCGGAGCUGCCUUUAUUAAUGCUGGGCAACCAGCAGGGUGGCUGCACCAGAUGUCAAACUCGGCCUGGAUCUCCUGGUCCUCCAGGCCAAACUGGGCCCCAGGGACUCAGAGGUCUUCCUGGAAUGAGCGGCCCGAUGGGGCAGCCGGGCCAUCCUGGUCGGCCAGGCCACCCUGGCAUUAAUGGGCUCAAAGGAGAGCCAGGUCUUGAUGGUGAGAAGGGUAAACCUGGUCGAACCACCAUUGGAGACCAAGGGCCUCCUGGGCCUCCAGGUCCAAUGGGUCCUCCGGGGUACAGUAGGCCAGGUCCUCCAGGUAAGCCUGGAUCCCCUGGUCUAAACGGAGCAGAGGGUAAACAUGGUAAUCCUGGCAUCCCUGGUCAGCCUGGGGUGUGUGAUCCAUCCAUGUGCUACGGUAGCAUGAUGAGGCGGGAUCCUUACAGCAAAGGGCCAAACUAUUGACGUAACGCAGUGUCACUACAGGCACCAGUCUGGAGCUGAUGUGGAACAAACAGCCAUUCUCAGGAAGAUCUCAUCUUUACAGUUUCUCUCUGUCGUGGAAACAAAACGGACCUCUGCUAGCACCCUUUAUGCGAUCUCAGAAAGUCAACAGAACUAGAUCUCUUUACAUUUUCUCCGUUGGUGUUUGGUAUUAUUAUUUAUGUGUCUCUGAACUUGCUUUGAGGUUCUAAUAGUGUUAAGAGGAAUAAUAACUGGCUCAAUAAAAGGCCUCUUAUCUGAGCACCUAGAACUAUUGCAUAUGUAUGUCUGGAUCUCCCUCUGGCCAGUAUGGCUGGUACAUUUUCCUGUGUUGCUUUGUUGCAUCUCAUUUUUCACUGCACAUUGGUUGGGUGCUAUAUGUUCCGUUCAAAAGAAUACAUAAAGUUCCAUGUUCAGUGAAUUAUUUCACCAUAAAGUGUGUCUGAAAUUGGCAUGUUUAGCACAAGACUGUGAGUUUGAUUUCCUGUAGCUGAUUAUGAGCUGCUGUAAGCCCGUGUUCCUUAAAGUCUUCAGUUUGUUAAGCCCUUAACCCUUUACGGCAUCCCUUUGCAACAGCUACUAUUGUGUAUUACCUGAGAUAAAGUAUUUCCCCUCUUUUACAAUACACAUUCAUUCUGAUGAAAAUGUUUCACCAUCUAAGAACAUGCUGACAUUGUAAGUCGAGAUUGUAUGUCAAUUAUGUUCCAGAGGCUUACCUUUCAUUACUGUAGCAGGUAUUUUAUUGUUAUUUAUAAGAGAGUCAUAACUGUGUAUUUCAGCAAUGACAUGUCGUAAACAGCUUUUGUAAUGUUAUUAUGUUAGGGUUAUUAUGUGUUAAGGUGACGUUUUUAUGAAUCUUUCCUUUUUUUUUUUUUUUUUUUUACUAGAAUUAAAAUAUCUUAAAGAUUUGUGAACUCAGUUUUGUUCUGUGCUUCAGACCUUAAAGUUUGAGGUGAUUUUCAGGCAGAGAUGCUGGAAGUCAGUGACAGCUGGAGGUGCUGAGAGGGCAGUUUAUAUAAUGAUGCUGUAGUAAAUGGUGUCUGCCUUUAAUGGUUUUGUAUUCAUUCAAAUGGCCAAGAUAACCUCUAUCUAAUAGUUAUUAGCAAAAAUCUGAAAAUGUUUUGCAUUACAGCAGGCAGCAAACGUGAACGCGAACAUGCUGUAGGUCAAAGCAGCCAUAACAACUGCAGUCAACAACAGCAAGGGGGGGUGGGGUGAAAUUACCCAGACUCUGUUACACAAUUUAUCCAUUUUGUGAGUUGUCAAGUUAGGAGAAAUUAAAGUAAAUGAUGCUUUUUCUUUUCUUGUGUAAAAAAUAUUGUGUCCGAUACAGGCGUUUCAUAGAGGAGAGGAGCAUAUAUUUCACCGAUCUGCAGUUUUUUCGCUGUUUGUCACAGAGACACCAGUCUGCUGUAUAGUUCACACACUUGACUGAUAAACCACAGAACUGUUAAGUUAACAUUAGGCUGUGUGAUCA